AUGGAGGAGGACGUAGAAGUGCUCCAGGACCAAGCUGUGACUAUAGCUUCUCCAUGUGAAGCUGAACUUCAGGAAUUAGUGCAUCAAAUUGACAUCAUGGUAAACAGAAAGCAAGUAGAAUGGGAAAAAAAGAUGAGAGCUUUGGAAGCAAAGAUGGAUAUCCAGGAUCAAGAAUUAGCAAGUGCCCAAAGCAAACUGGAUCAAAAAGGUCAAGAGGUGGGACUACUUCAACAAGAAUUGGAAAACUUAGAGAAAACUAAAAAUGAAAUGGCUCAGAGUUAUGAAACUCAGCUUCAAGCACUGAAAUCUCAAUUCUCAAGAUUGACACAUAGUUAUGAAAAGCUACAGUCGCAUCAGUUAAAACAAAAAAAGCUCGAAAGUAGAGAAAAAUAUGAAGAGAACCUGGAGACAUCAUCUAACUCAAGGAAUUUACACAUGAAACUGGAGGAAUUUAAGGCAAAAUCACAAGAAUGGGAGAAUGGGACAACCUGUGUAAAUAAUCCUGUUUAUGUAGAUAUGCUACCAAAAUUAUUGCCUGAGAAAUGUAAUUUAUUUCAGAAUUAUCAACUCCAAAUACGCAAUAAGAAGCAAAACCAAGAAGAGCUAAUUACAUAUACCCAGCCCAAAAGUGAAAAUGAUGAUUUGAUUAUUGAAAAGCUAAAGGCAAUUGUGAAUGAAAUAGCAAGAAACAAGAAUAAACUAGUAGAAGAAAAUAUGAAACUCCGUGAGGAUCUAAAAAUGUACCAAAAUCAGUGCCAGAGCAUGGAGGCAGACGUAUCAGAAAUGAGAAAUGAGCUGCAGUCAAGGGAUGGUCUCUGGAGAAGGGUACAAGUGGAAUGCCAAAAAUUGUAUACAGAACUACUGAAAAUCAAAGAGUAUAAAGAUAUGCAGGAAAUUCAAAUAAAGCAUCAAUCAUCUCAUGUUCAGUUUACUGAGCAACUAGAAAAUAAAAACACUGAGUUAUUGCUAUUUGCAGGAAGUCAAGAACACAAAGAAGAGCUGAACAAGAUAAGAAACCAUGUUUAUCGAGAAGAGCAGUCCCAUUGCUCUGAGCAGGAAAGAAUGAAGACAGAAAUCUCUGACCUGACAGAGGAGCUUCAUCAGAAGGAGAUCACUAUAGCAACUAUCAUGGAGAAAGCUAGUCUUCUGGAAAGACAGUUAAAAAUGGAGUUAGAGACAAAACACAAAUUGUUAACUAAACAACAGUGUUUGGAAUUCCAUUACCAAGUUAUCAAAUCUGAAAACACACAUCUAAAAGAAAUGGUGGAAAACCAGAAGUGUGAGAAUUGCAUGUGUAUAGAUUUAUGUAACAAAGAACAUGGAAAUUUCACAGCUUCUGUUCGCAAAAUGAAACAUGAGAAUUUAAGACUACAAAAUAGCCUUGUUAAACUACAAAAUGACACAGAAACAUCGAUACUGGGUUGCAUGGAUACAUAUAAGGAAACAGAGCACAGCUACCAAACCCAUUCAGAGGUGCAAGAAACAGAAGAGAGAUCUUUCCAAAAUAAAGAUUCAUGGGAAGUGGAAUGUCAACAGACUGCUAUGCUCACUGCUGGUGGAUACCACAGAAACUGUAGUCCUGCUUUGUAUGGCCAAGGCAAUAUCACUGGUUCAAACAGUGAUAGCACUCUAUCUUCUCAUCCAUUUCUUAGAGGUCAUGAAAAGAAAAUAGUUCAUAAAUCUCCAUUAACACCAGAGGGGUAUCCUUUGGGCUUUCCUGGGCCAUUUCCUGAAGUGGGCAGAAUAGGCAGCUUUCAGAGCCCUGCUUACAGUGAGGAAGAAAUCAAAUUAUUGUCUCCCCCUGAGAUGUCCUUCCUUGCAACAACAGAGAAGUUCCUUCAAGAGGAAGAGAAACAUGCAAGAGAAUUUGAAGAACGUUUAAAUUCACAGCUUGAAGAGCUGCAAAGAUAUUCUGAAAACACUCUAAAAAAAUAUGCCAGGAUGCAGCAAAGCAAUUUCACAAAAUGAAAUACCGAAUUAAAGAUGACCUCAGUCCUUCUGCUGAUGCCUGUCUCGGAUGCAGUGCUGCUGGAAGCCUUUGCAAGCUUUUUCACACCAAGUCAACAGGGAAAAAGAACCUUUUCUUUUCAAAGUGAGACAAUUUCACUGUGGAAACAUGAAAGCUUUUAUAUAAAUAUUAAUCACCACAUUUGUCCUGGAGUUAAGUGGAUGGAGACUGGCUUAUAUAAGGUUGCAGUACUGACUUGAAAAUAGUGAGUGAAAUGAUUCUGUAAAUACUGCUCCAAACAAGCUGUUCCUCUAUACAAGAACUGUAGUGCAGGAAGUAGACUAGCAACCUCAAUAUUUAAUCCAAGGGUACUAUAACAUAACACUUCACUCCUGAGAGUGAAGAAGAGGAAUUUUGUCCUUUGAAUUUCUGGUGUAAGUGUAAAGAAAAGGAAAAUAUUAAUUCCCUCCAAAACUGUAACUAAUUUGAACUGGGAAGAAAAGACGACACUAAGAAAAGGAAUGGAGGUUCAGCUCAGAGGGGGAAAUAAACUAAAUAUCUGAGCAGAAAACCAGGCAGUGGCUUAACAGAGCCUCUUACUAACCAGACCAAAACCUAAAUAUUCUAAAUAAUACCAAGUGUACUGUACCCAUACUCCUGGAGCAUGUGUCUCCAAAACCCAAGAGAAUCAACAAGUACAUUCUGUGCAUUCUGAGGUGAGGACACCUCAAAACACAUUUUGAGUAUACACCACCUCCAGCAGGACUCUGAGAACCAUCUUUUUUCUACAAAGGGCUGGAGGCAUCAGAUCUGCUUACUCCUCCUAUGAUACAGGCCAUCAGCCAUUGCUUAUGCCUCUUUCCCAGAGAGAAGCAAGAUUUCUUUUCACAAAUUAACCGAGAUUUGAAACUAGAACUACAACUACAAAGCAGAUUUCUGAGAACAGGGAGAGUGAAGCAUAACUUCUUAUCUAUCAUGCUGUACCACAGGUAUUACCUCACUUUCCUUGAGGGCAAGCUGAAGUUUCAAUCAGCUGAGGAUGCUAAAAACAGAUCAAAAUUGUUCAUAAACCUAAACAGAAAUGACACUAUUACUAUAUUUCAAAACAGCAAGUAUAGAAUGAAAUACAAAAUAAGGUACAAAGUAUGGCUGAGAUCACAGUAACUUAAUGGAACCCACAAGCAAAGAGCAUACCACAAUUAAGAAACCUCCAACUAUCAAAACUGCUGCAGUCUAAAUUCACCCCCUCUGAGUGGAAGGAAUAGAAGAUGAACAAACACUGAUGGGAAGCAACCACCAACAGAUGACACCUUCAAAAGACUCAGGACUAUAUUUAUGUGGCAAGAGCUGAUGAAAAGUUCAGUUCCCAUAUGGCAACUCAUGUUGAUUGCUAUUGCAGUGCUCCACAGGUUUCAUUCAGCCAGGUCUCUCCAUGGACACAAACAUCUAUGCAUACAGAAGGAACACCAG